CUGACAAGUGUCCCAUUCACCGGCCAAGCAGCUGAAUGCGAGCCGCUAUCGCCCCGUUUCGUCUGGCAACCGGAAGCGUCACUGCUGCAUAGCGAUGGCGGCAACUCCGGCAGCCAGGACUUUCCCGGGCCGCGCGGUGUAAAAACGCACACCAGCGCAAAAGCUCAGCCUGCCUUCGUCUUCCUCUGGGGCCAAGACAAUCAACUUACGUCUGGCUACAUCAAUGCAACCACCCUGAGAUACGGACUGGUGGCGCUUAACCCGGAUUCUUUGGACGUACUUGCGGCAUGGUAUCCAGAGGAAGACAAUCAGGCGCUGAACAUCCCAUACAUGGAAUUAAUUGUCAAAACGAACGACAUCCUAGUCAGUUCGGCCCAAGGCAUGAUCUGGGUCGUGCAGCGUGGUACUUUCCAGGGACGCCCUUACUUCAAGACCACGCGUACCGUCGAUCUGCGUCCACAGCUGCAAGAAGAUGAUCAACUGCUCAACGCCAUGUUUGACAACGAGAACAACAUCUGGUUCACUACUGGUGCAUUGCAGCUCGACACCAGCGCCAACGGCACCCUGGCCAACUCGACGAAGUACGGCUACAUCACGCCUAGCAACGAAGUGCACAAGGCACAGCUUGAUGGCGAAACGGUCGAGAAUGGCAUAGCCGUGGCAGGCACCAACGUCUACAUGGUCACAAGCCCGUCCGGCAAAUCCAACACACCCAAUGCGCCGGGCUACAUGUACUCGCUGACGGCCAAGAGCGGCUCCGAAGGCGGGAUCACCACACGUUGGCGCGUUCCCUAUGCUGCAGGUGAACGAACCGGACUUGACCCCAACACGGCCAUUUCGGCGCGUGGUUCAGGUGCGACGCCUGCGUUGCUUGUCGACAAGUACGUGGCCAUCGCCGACAACGAUACUCCGCGCCUGCAUCUCAACGUGUACCAUCAAGCGCCGCAGGCGGACAGCAGCUCUCAGCUCUUGUGCCAGGUGCCGUUGUUCACAGACAACAAGGGCUCGGUGCAGAACAGCGUGCUGGCUCAUUACGACACCCAGCAGAAACAGUACGGAAUCAUGAUACUCAACUCGUACGGCGGGCCAACCUUCUUCACGAGCCAGAACGGACAGGAGCUGAAUGGCAAGUUCAACGACAUGAGUGGUAUGGCCGGGGGAAUCACGCGCGUGGAUGUCGACGAGCACGGCAACUGUUCGGUGCGCUGGAGCAAAGAUACCAAGUCCAAGGGCGUGUCUGUGCUCUCCACCAACAACGGGUUGGUCUAUCAUUACGUCCAGGACGAUCAGCGCGCUAUGAUGGAUGAUGAGUACGUUUGGUAUCUCAUGGGCCGCUCCUGGGCUACUGGGGAAGAGAGGUUCAAGGUGCGUGCUGGCAGCGGUGGUGCUUUCAACGACAAUUGGAACGAUUUCACGGAGUCGAAAUACAAUAAGACCGUUUCUUUUGAUGAUAUGAACCUCAGGCCUGAGCUUCUUCGUGGUGUGUACGCCUAUGGUUUUGAGCGCCCUUCGUCUAUCCAGCAGUGUGCCAUCAUGCCCAUUAUCAACGGCCAGGAUGUGAUUGCCGAAGCCACUUACGGUUCCGGCAGGACGGCUGCUUUGGUCAUCCCCAUUCUUCAAAAGCUCAGAGCCGAUCUGGAAGCCUGCCAGGCUCUGAUCCUCGUUCCCACCCGCGAGUCGGCUUUGCAGAUUCAGAAGUUCAUACUUGCAAUUGGCGACUUCAUGAACAUCCGGUGUUCUGCCUGUGUUGGUGGAGUUGGCGCGCAAGACUAUGAGAAGGUCUUCCGGGAUGAGACACCUCAGGUCGUGGUUGGAACACCGGGCCGCCUUAGGGAUGUGAUACAGCGCAAUAUCCUCGAGACUGCCAACAUAGAGAGGAUUGCCCUCGACGACGCCGAUGAAAUUUUCGCGCGUGGUUUCGAGGAUCAGAUCUACGAUAUCCCCCGCCUCCUUUCGCAGCCGAUCCAGGUCGUGGUUAGCACUGUCACGAUGCCGCAGGACCUCCUCGAGGCAACUAGUACAUUGAUGCGUAAUCCUCAUCACAUAUAUGUCAAGAAGAAGGGGUUCCGCCUCGAAGGCAUCAAGCAAUUCUACGUCAACGUCGAAAACGACGAGCGUAAGCUCGACACCUACCUCGACAUAUACGCGAGCGUCACGACAUCCGUCCAGACAAUCACCUUCUGCAACACCCGCAAAAGGACCGAAUGGCUCGCGGAGAAGCUCGGCGUCCUCGACAUCGUUCCCUUCGCCGCCAUGCACGGGGAUAUGCCCGCGACGGAACGUGCUGAAAUCAUGGCGGGAUUUCGUUCCGGUUCUACUAGGUCACUGCUUGCCACUGAGCUCCUCGCCCGUGGUAUCGAUGUGCAGCAGGUUCCUUUGGUUAUUAAUUAUGAUCUGCAUGCUGAUCAUGAGACGUACAAACAUCGUGUCGGUCGUGGCGGACGUUUCGGCCGAAAUGGUGUCGUUGUCAAUCUGGUCACCCCCGAGAAUAUCUCUCUGGUCAGGAAGAUCGAGGAUUUCUACAAUGCCGAGAUGGAAGAGACAACUGUUGACAAUCUCAAGUCCUAUCUGAUGAAGCAAGAAUGGGCCCAGACUUAG